UCAGUGUAUUUCAGGCGGUAACGUCCAGACGCUCGCCCAAAUCGCGACGCUGUUUCUCGCAUCGCGUUUAUGGAUUAAUUCGACUGUUGUUUUUAUCGUGUCUUAUGAAAUAAACGUACUAAUUGGAAUGUUGUUUUUGGUUUUCGUUCUGGUUUCAGUUUUUGGUGACGGUCACUGCCUGAGGUGUUACCAUUGCCACCAAACUACCAGUUCCUGCAUAACGCCUUACAAAAAUUCGAUACUGACGAAAGAGUGUGCGACUGGUGAAGUGUGUUUCUAUUACAAAUACGCCACAAAAAUGCCUGACAGUUUAGUGCUGGCAACUGAUAGAGGUUGCGUAAAGAACAUCACAACGUCCGAAGCUUGCAACUUAAUCGGAAGAGAAAAAAUACAAAACGCGACGAAGCACGAGAAACUUAGUUGCCGACUCUGCUCAUAUAAUUUAUGUAACAGUUCGGCCAGCAAGAAUUUUAUCGGGUGGCUCCACGUUGUGAUAACAAUUGUGAUAUGGAUUUACUGUUAUAUUUGACGAUGGCACCUUUGAUUUACAUUUGUAGUUUAUAAUAAAGUUUUUGUACUUUCGUUAGAA